UCUGCUCUCCAUCAGCAGACAUCCCACCCUGCAAAAACUCUUUUCACCCCCCCCAAAUCAGUUUUCUCUGCGGACGGACUCACUCCUGAGCUUUGAAUUCAAACACACUUCUUCGGUCUCACAGCUCACACACACACACACACACAUAAGCACACAAGGUUUAAAUGCAGAUUUACUCUCCAGCGCUCACAAUGUGGAUGAAGUUACUCAUUUUUGUCUCUGGAUUACUUCUGGCCAUUUCUGGAUCAGGGAUUCGUACAGUGCGGUCAAGGAGUUGCAGCUAUGUUGGAGUGUUUCAUGUGGAGGGGAGCUCUCGCUACAGUCUGACGUUUGAAGAGGCACAAAUCUUGUGUGAACAACUAUCAGCUUCAUUAGCCAGUCCAGAGCAGAUCACUGAAGCUCAUAAAGCAGGACUAGAGACAUGCAGAUAUGGCUGGAUAAACAGCACAAUGUUAGCGAUACUCCGUCUCAAGUCACAUAAAUCAUGUGCAGCCAAUCAAUCCGGGGUCAUCAUCAAGAAUCCAGACACAAAUAAAUCUGAUGCCUUCUGUUACAAUGUUAAAGAUUUGUCAGUGAAGAACUGUACAUAUGAGAUUAACCCUGGUUCAACUGGUCCUGAGAAUUUCAAUACAUCAGCUGACAACUCAACAACUACAGAAGACGCCACACACCAGCCUCCUCCUGGAGAGGAACAUUCAACACCAGAGAAUAUGGCUGUCAUUCCUGAACGGUAUCCUGAAGAGUCUGCAAAUACCACACAGAGCCCUGCUGAAGAGACUGAUCAAACGUCUGAUAAAGAUUCCCAUAAAGAUAUAGUGGAAUCUACAACUUUAAUACAAGAUACAUCUGUCACAGAGACGAGAAUGACAAAUGGGACUGGCUUGGAGACACCGGCAGUGAAUAAACACAAUUUACAUGACAAAGAUUGGCUGAUCAUUGUGAUUGUAAUUGUGGCUGUCCUUCUCAUUCUGCUUUUGUGUUUAGCUGUAGCAACCAGAAAAAGCUGGUGUGGUAAGAAACAGACUCUGAUUAUCACAUCAAAGAGCAGCAGCAAAGAAAACGAAUCAUCAGUGCCCGUCACUCAGGAACAACAGCAGGAGAUGGUCACGCUCAUGAACACUGAGAAGAUCCAAACAAACAGCAACUCUGAGUUUAUCAACAUCAGUCUGGACGGACCAACAGAGAAAACACUGCAGGCAUAAGAACACAAGCAGGGUAGCAUUAUAAAUACAUAGACCAGAGAAACUGCCUGAAUAUCAAAAGCAGAAGAAAUGAGAAGCCUAGAGAAUGAGAUGGACACUGAUUUCAGACCAGACAAAAGGAGGGUAAAGAAGACUGAGCAAGUUUACAUGCACAUUAUUCCCAAAAAAUUGCUUAUUUAAAAAAUCAGACAAAGCAAGAAACAUUUGCUUUGCCUGUUAUGUAGGCAAAGCAAAUUUGCCUACAUAACAGGCAAAAAUCGACCCUUUAUUCUUACGCUGUUUAUGAGCUUACACCGUUAAAAGAACACAGUUUAUUACAUGACACACACGUUGUCAGCUUAAGCAUAAUCGUGUAAGAACGCGCAUGCAGACAUGCUCAUUGAGAAAGAUUAAGAAGACUGAUUUUGGUGGUGGUAAGAGUUUUUGUUUCAGCAUUUUCUUGUUUGCUAGAAUUUCAUUUCAGGCCAAGGUUGUAUUUUAUAUAUCCUACGAAAAUUAUUUCUUUAUGUUUGCAAUGUUUAGGCAUUUACAUGAAUUAUAUAUCACAUAUGAUCAUAAUUUGGUGUCAUUUUGUUUUGAAAAGUACUGAGUCACACAGUUGUAUGACCUUAUAAAUGAACCAUACUGAUCUGAUUUAGCAAGGAGAUCAGACAGCUUUAUAUUUACUCAAAUAGUUUUACAUUCUAAAAAAACACUCUUUUUCAUUCUUAUUAUUAUUUUAU